CUGUAGGUGAGGCAGUAACAACAGGGCAGGAAUGUAAACAGGGUUAUGAGGAAGUGAGUUACGGAUGUUUAGUUUUCACCUCAGUUCUACUGCUGCUACAACGAGAUUCAAUGAAUUCUGGAACUUCAGCCUGUAAGCUGUGAAUGGGCUCGGUUUUCCACCCCCAGUCCCUAUUGUAUUUGAGGCGCUCACCAGCCAAACACACACAAGCUGGAGAAACAAAAUGAGUGGAGGAUGGCAGGAGUGUGAGGGGUUUAGUUUGUACAUUUCGGUGGUCUUAAAGUGACGAGUUGAAGCUAAACCUUCAGAAUCUGGAAAAGAUGGAGCCUCGUAGUGUGAGCUUCGACGAGGAUGCACACUUCAUGGAUGAAAUGAUGGAGAGCCCUGCUGAUGAAGACAUGGUUCAUCACUCAUUCCGUGUGCUUAUUAGGGAACAAAGUGAAGACCUAACUAACCAUGAUAAUGACAUAGAGAUGUACUCACUAGAUCCAGAGGAGGAGAAUGCAGAUGAUUUUCCAUGCUUUAUGGGUGUCGAUGAGGAAGAAGAACAGUUCGAUCCACUGACAGAGGAGCGAUGGUCUUCUGCCACUCUCAGGGUCCUUUCUUCAAUGCCCAGCCGCACAAUUGGACGCAGUCGAGGUGCUAUUCUCUCCCAGUAUUACAACCGAACCAUGCAGCUGUGCAGGCGCAAACGGAGCCUGCGCCCCUCCAUCCGCUCUUUCUCCCGCUCAGCCCGGCCCAGCAUCUGUGGCUACCGCAUUGAGAGUGAUGCAGGCAACUUUGACAGAGACGAGAAUAAGAGGGAGCGACUGGUGAAUAACCUGCAGAACCUGUCUGUGAGUGAGAGAGUGGGCAUGCUGAGAGCAAUUCCACUCAGCAUGGCAGAGAAGAGUGAACUCAGACAUUUGGCCUUAAAUAAAACGAGCCCCUCCAUCAAUCUGGAUACGAUGCCCUGCUGCAGCCAGAUCAAGCACUGCAUGUUCAUUGCAUUUAGACAGGGCUGGUACAGCUGGAUGUCCUUCCUCUCCUCUCUGAAGCUAUGGCAGACGGCUCUGAAGAGAGUCAGUGGCCGUUUUGGGACCGGCGUACUCUCCUACUUCGUCUUUCUCAGGACGCUCUUCUUUUUUAACGUGUUCCUGUUCCUGGUGACGGGGCUCUUCCUUGUGGUUCCCCAGGCCAUUCGGCCUCCUACGUUAUUCGAGGACCCGGUUGCACUCUACGGGCUCGAGCUGCUUACUGGCACGGGUUAUUUUACGGACUCGUUGAUGUACUAUGGCUACUACAGUAACCACACCCUCAUGAGGGAAUGCAGCUCAUCUCCCUGUGGCUCUCAUCAGUACUAUAACAUGCCUCUGGCUUACUUCUUUACCAUCGGCAUGGCCUUCUUUAUUACCUGUAUCAUCCUCGUCUACAGCAUGUCCAAAUCAUUCGGACAGAGUUUCCGUAUCGACCGAUCUAAAGGCCUGCUAGCCAUUAAAGUCUUCUGCUCCUGGGAUUUUAAAGUCAGCAAGAAAUCCUCAGUUAAACUACAGUCUGAGAACAUCAGUACUCAGCUCAAAGAACUCUUGGCAGAGGUGAACAGUAAGCAGGUGAAGACUACCUGGUUGCAGAGGGCAUGGACUGUGUUCGUCCAGGCUCUGGCGUGGACCAUAUGCGUCGGCAGCACUGUAGUGUGUUCCAUUGCUGUGUACUACUUCUCAGAAUACAUGCACGGGAAGUAUCUCCAAAACACUAGCGCUAAUUCAAUAAUGAAGGAAACCAGCCUGCUGGCUCUCCCGGUGGUCGUGUCAUCAAUCAACCUGCUCCUGCCUGGAUUCUUUAAUGUGGUUGCUUGGAUGGAGGAAUAUGAUUCACCAAGCAUGCGCAAUUAUGUUGCCAUUUUCAGGAACCUGAUGUUGAAAGUGAGUGUACUUGGAGUGCUGUGUUAUCACUGGCUGGGCCGGGUCGCGUUAAACUCAAGUUCAACUCAAGGUGAAAUUAAGUGCUGGGAGAGUUUUGUGGGACAGGAGUUAUAUCGAUUCCUGCUGAUGGACUUCAUCUUCACCAUACUGGAUACCUUCUUUGGGGAGUUUUUGUGGAGAGUCAUUUCGCAGAAGGUCCUGAAGAAGGAAAGGAAGCCAGUGUUUGAUAUUGCUCGCAACGUUCUUGAGCUCAUCUAUGGACAGACUCUAGCAUGGUUGGGUGUUCUGUUCUCUCCUCUUGUUCCUGCAGUGCAGGUCAUCAAGCUUCUCUUCCUCUUCUACAUGAAAAAAAUGAGUUUGAUGAUGAACUGUCAGGCUCCCAGAAAGCCAUGGAGGGCGAGUCAGAUGACCACCUUCUUCAUCACCCUCCUCUGCUUUCCUUCCUUCCUGGGUGCAGCCGUGUGUGUCACUUACACCAUGUGGACAAUAAAGCCGUCUAAAAGCUGCGGGCCGUUCCGCAGUCUCAAUACCAUGUUCCAGUCAGGAAAAAGGUGGGUGCAGGAUCUGGCCCAUACACACCCUAAGCUGUCCUGGCUCACGUGGGCUCAUUCGUACCUGGUGGAGAAUCCUUUCUUCCUCUUCCUUGCUGCUGGCAUUUUCCUAAUAGUGAUCUACUUUCACAGUCAGGUGGUGGAUGGUCAAAGGAAGAUUAUCGAGCUGCUGCAGGAGCAGAUUGAAAAUGAGGGAGAGGAUAAGAAGUUCUUGAUUACCAGACUACAGAACAUCCACGAAGAGAAACGUCCACUGUCCUCUCGACGUGUCAGGGAAACUAGUGAGGCUUCCAAGUUCUCAUGAUUUCUCUCAGAACCGUUCUACACUGGUAAAUAUGUGAAACUGGAACUAGAUGUCCUGAAGAUCUGUGGUCGUCUACAAGGGAAGACGUUUGUCCGCGUGAGCCACUGAUUCUUUAUUCCCUGGAUUUGAUUUCAGGGAAAACCAGCAGUCCUUUACUCUGCAUUUACUCUGCAAAGACAUUAUAUAAACCCCAAAGAGGGUCCUACACAUGCUAUUGCAUGCAGGAACUUGCACAUUUGUACAUUUUAUUACAAUAUGAAAUUGUUUUGUAUACAUAUUUUUAAGAGAAUGAGCCGAGUUAAAAAUAGAAACCAUCAUGUGUUGUACCAAACUCAUUUAAAAGAGGUGCAUGUUUUACUUGCCUUUGUGUCUCUUGUGUAAAAACCACUGAAAAUAAUGCAGACUUUAGUGUUGAUUGUUGUUAUUGUAAAAAAAAAAAAGAAUAAUAGAUUUUAAAA